AUGGGGAUCCCCCGCCGGUUUCUCCUUCAGGGCGCUCUGCGCGACGUUGAGGCUGUCGCGACGCCAAGCUCCAACCCUACCGUUGUCAAGUGCACCGCACGAGCAGCAGUAUACAAAAAACACAAGGCCAUAUUCAAAGCGGCGGAGAAGGAUAUAAGAAAGGAAGGAAAACAUUUGGUGGACCGCCUCUUUAAGAAGAAGCUGCACCUUCUGAGUGAAAAGGACAUUAGCAAAGUGCUGAAGAAGGUGAUAAAGGGAAGGAUUAAAAAUGAACUUGUCUGGGAUGACCUGCACAGAGUGAUCUUUUGCUGCAAUGUGGGGUGUACGGGGGGGGCAGAUCCAAUUGAGGAGCCAGCUGAGGGGCGUUCGAUGGGCCCACUCCCCCAGACAGCUUCUCUCUCUCCCCCCCUCACAAUGAACGACCUGAGGAGUGACCACACCACACCGUACAAUCGCCACAUCGACCACGUAAACGCAUACCUCCUCUCCAUCGCUCUGAAGAAACUAAACAGAAGGAGCGCCGCCCUCCUCAGCUUCCUCUUCGCCUACCUAAGAAACUCCUACCGUAGCAUGGAACCCCGACACUUUCUGCAAAUCUUUCUUGUCCUCGUAAAGUUUACUUUCCGACAUGUGUCCGUAGUGCACCGGGUUGACCCGCCCCCCCUGGGAAGAGAUAACCAGGCGUCUCACGCGUUGCACAAUUGGUCCAGUUUGUGCAGUGGGUCCACUUCUCCCACUCCCCCUGAGCCGCUUCUCCAUUGCGUGGACGGAGAGCCCCCCCCGGGCAGGCAACACAACCACUGGACACAAAUGAUCCGCUCGGAGAAGAACCUCCUCCACGUGUUAACACUCCACUGUGCAGAUAAUAUCAACAUGUUUACUGUGAAUGACGUUGCCAUGACAUGUGAAGCGCUCUGCUUUUUUACGUUGAAAGAGAAUCCCUUUGUCCCCUUCUGGAAUGACUUCCUUUCCCACGUCUUCGGAGUGUCAACUGGGAGGAGCAGAGUGGAAAACACCUCUGUACAUACGGAAGAUUCCCUUUUAAAGAAGAGCCACUUAUCAUCCUACGUGAGGAGGACAGUACAAAGGAGAGGACAUCAUAUUUGCGACGUGUCGAAGAAGCAAACGAAUGGAAGACGUGAAAGAUCCCCGGAGUGGUAUGUCGAACUAAGUGGAAGGAAUAUGCUAAGCAUAGUUAAGUACAUAUGUCUCUAUGGGGAGCUUCACGCGGAAGUCCUGAACCCCUUGGCGAAGAAAGCAAAAAAGAUAUUUUUCGAAAUGCCAUUGGACACAACGUUACAUGAGUGCGUUGAGAUUCUUUCCCUCCUUAAUAGUAUGAACCAGCUGGAAGAUAAGACUGCGGAGGUGAGGGAGAGGAUCCAUCUGUACGAACAUCAGUUUGGAGGAACCCCUUUCGUGACGCAGUACGAUGUGAAGUGUCUCGUGACAUUGGCACAGCUUUGCUUCGAUAAGCUACACUUUGUUCCAUUUUUAUCCAUCUUCUUAAACAACGUGCAUAAAUUUUCGGGCGAGGAUGCCGCCCGUUUGGUGCGCCUGCUGCUGGGGAGUUUGGACGCCCACACGGGGGGGGAAGCCAACACGGGGGGAGCAUUCUACACAAGGGCAGAAGCCCACACAGGGGGAGAAGCCCACACAAGGGGAGAAGCCCACACAGGAGAAGGGAAUAAUCACCUAAUGGAAGCCUCCCCUUCUUACCCCUCCACCUGUCUAAGCGGCCUCCUCGCCACGCUGCUUCCCGCCUGCCCCGAAAUAACCUCCCAGCUAGGAUACACAGAAAUGCUCCUCCUCUGCGGAGCGCUGGAAAAAUAUACACUACCAAACAGAGACAUCGUAAAGAAUGUAGCCAAGAGAAUCUGUGAUGACUUCAAGAAGGUGGACCUCAGAAGUGAACACUUCCCCCCUGCCUACGUCGAUUACUUAUUCUUAAUUACCUUCACAUUGUACAGGUGCGAACGUUACGUGGAUACGAAUUUGCUUCGCCUCUUAGUAAGUAUCGUAUUGGAGAGAAAGGAAGAGAAGCUGUGGCUGCAGAAGAGGAGGUACCAUUAUGCCUUUUAUUUAUUAACUCUCCAUCGAGAGGGGAAUCACGGAGAUGCCUCCAUGUGGCUUCAAUAUUUCAAUUCCGUUUGGGGGAAUCUGUCCCCUCCGCUGGGGGAGGAAACGCUUUAUUGUCUCAUGUUAAUCUAUUUUGAAAGGGUUAAACAAGGGGACUACCGAUCUUUGCUGCGGCACCUCGGGGGGAAGGGUGGCGGUGCUACUGUUGCUGCCGCUACUGCUGCUGCCGCUACUUCUUCCGCUGCUGGUGGAGGGAGGUACGCAUCGGUGAAGCGCUCAGCAGCGAGAGGUGCAAAGGGGAACACCCUAGUGGUUGUGUCCCCCCACGACCGCCGCUUCAUCUGCAACGAGAAACAAAUAAAGGAGGAACUACUCAAACUGUUUCUGCACCUGUGGGUAGGCUUCUCAGUUCGAUCGGGGAGGAAGCAUCUCGACCUGCUAAUCGUUAUGAAUGCGUUUAGCGAGGAGGCAUAUGUGCGGAGUUACUUAUUCAGUGCCCACGUCGUGAAUCGGAUUAAUCGCUACAUAGCACUCUUCCCCCAGAAGAGUAGCCUGACGGUGCACCUGUGCGAAGAUCCAGUGACGAAAGAACCCGUUCGUGUGAACCUGUCAAAGCUGCGACAUGGGUACAGACGGAUGGGGAGGAAGUGGGAAGAGGCGGGGAUGGCGGAGAAGCUACUUGCCACGAAGACGCAAUGGAAUAUUCAGCAACUGGACAACGCUACGAGAAGCUACAUCCUAAACGACUACAAGCACAAGGAGAGUGUCGCCGUGCGGGGAGAUGCCCCCCAGAAGGGCAGACCCGCUAAGUACCUUCGGAAUUGCAAAAGGGGGGAACCGGUGGUGGGUGCCCUGUCGGCGUAUGGCCAUCAGUAG